CAAAGAUCGCCUGAAUAUUAGCGUCAAAGUAGUACUUCCUGUUCAAUUUUAACCCGAAUUUUCCGUGUGACUUUCAUUUUGACACAGGUUUUGAAACUUUUAACUUUUACCAAUGAAGGGGAUGAUGAUAGAGGAUUCACCAAUUAGUGACAUUCCUGCCCGUGUAAAUAAAAUCAUUGUACAAGGCCUUAACAAGACAAAGGAUGAAUUUAUUCAGAAGAAAUUGGCACAUAUAUUUAAAGCAGAGAAUGUGGCAGAGAUGCUGGUUUUGUGUCAGACUGCCAAAUAUGACCUGAGAAGACUAGACAUUUUUAGAUCAGUUCAAGUCAACAUAGAUACAGCCAAAAAUGUGGAGGGAGAUGACAGAUACAAUGUGGUGUUUGAGGUGAAGGAGAAGCGGUGGUUUGGUGGUGGUGUACACGCCACAUUUAGUGGUGACAACAAUGCCACUAUGGUGGGCAGUCUACAGAUGCCCAACACAUUUGGCCGAGCUGAGAACGUAAGACUGGAGUACAACAAAAGUUUGAAGGGGGACCAUGGAGGGGUUUUCCGAUUCAGCAAACCACUGAAUGGCAACCCUGAUGUCAGGUUUUCCUCAUCUGUGUAUAAAAUGAACCUGGAGUAUCCGUGGAGUGGAUUCAAAGAAACCUGUAGAGGACUCAAUAUGGACUUCACAUUUCCCACCAGUCUCGGGGACCACUGUCUGCGGUGGGAGGGGGUGUGGAGGGACCUGAGAGCGCUCAACAGGACGACCUCCUUCACCGUCCGAGAGCAGGCUGGCCAUUCCCUCAAGUCAAGUGUAAAGCACCAGUUUACACGAGAUGAAAGAGACAGCCAAAUCUUACCUAGUCAAGGAUCUCUGUUUAAAAUGGAACAGGAAUUUGCAGGUCUGGGAGGAAACGUUGAAUUCUUCAAACAUGAUAUGGAACUUCAGCUCAACAAAAAACUUAUACUAGACACAGUUGUACAGUUGUCAUUGUUGGGAGGGAUCAUGAAGAACCCCAACCCUAACGCAGAAAUACGCAUCAACGACCGCUUCUUUCUAGGCGGGCCUUUAAACCUCCGAGGAUUCAACGCAAAGGGUGUGGGCCCUCACAGCGAAGGAAAUGCCCUCGGUGGUGACACCUACUGGGCUGCAGGACUCCACCUGUACACACCCCUACCAUUCAGACCCGGAAAAGGGGGAUUUGGAGACUUCUUCCGCACACAUUUCUUUGUUAAUGCGGGAAAUGUCUAUAACAUACAAACAGGGUACUUGAAAACGAAAUAA